CGUCCCGGCCCGCCCUCUUUUCGGCUUGUUUGGCUGUUCGAUGCGGAGGCCGGUGUUCGGAGCCGAGCUGUCCAGCGACGCCUAGAGCCGGUUCGGGUCCGCGGGGCUGCCGCAGGUUAUGAGCCCCCAUGAAUACGAGGAAACGCCACGGCUCUCGAAACACUGAGCAGGGCGUUUACCUGGGACCAUCCCAGACGCAAGCUUUCCCUCCGCUUGGUGCCCCUCCCAUUGCUGCUGCUGCUACUACCCCCGUCGCCCCUCCUGAACCUCAGUGGGACGCCAUGUCGUGUCAAGAUCGCACACAGGAGUUCCGCUCGGCCUGCAAGUCCUUGCAAAGCAGAGAAAAUGGGCUUCACGUGAACAAGCCAGCGCAGAGUGGAGCCAUGCGGCAAAGAAGUGAAUUCACUCUUAUGGCCAAGCGCAUUGGAAAAGAUCUCAGCAACACCUUUGCCAAGCUAGAAAAGCUAACAAUUUUGGCCAAACGGAAAUCACUCUUUGAUGACAAGGCGGUGGAGAUAGAGGAGCUGACUUACAUCAUCAAGCAGGAUAUCAACAGCCUGAACAAACAGAUUGCACAACUCCAGGAGUUUGUCAAAGCCAAAGGCAGCCAGACUGGAAGACAUGUGCAAACACACUCCAACACUGUGGUAGUUUCCCUGCAGUCCAAGCUAGCUUCCAUGUCCAAUGAUUUCAAGUCUGUUUUGGAGGUGCGGACAGAGAAUCUUAAGCAACAGAAGAGUCGGCGAGAGCAAUUCUCCCGUGCCCCAGUGGCCACCAUGCCUCUUUCUGCAAACAACCUAGUGGGCUCCAGCAUGCUUCAGGACGAGCGCCGGUACUCCGGAGAUGUGGCCAUUGACAUGGACAAUCGGACAAGCCAGCAGUUGCAAUUAAUCAAUGAACAGGAUACGUACAUCCAGAGCCGGGCGGACACUAUGCAAAACAUUGAAUCUACGAUUGUAGAGCUGGGCUCCAUAUUUCAGCAACUGGCGCACAUGGUUAAAGAACAGGAAGAGACUAUCCAGAGAAUCGACGCCAACGUGGAAGACACUCAGCUGAACGUUGAUGGUGCACACAUGGAAAUCCUGAAAUACUUUCAGUCGGUUUCCUCCAACCGGUGGCUCAUGGUGAAAAUCUUCCUCAUCCUGAUCAUCUUCUUCAUCAUCUUUGUCGUCUUCUUGGCCUGACGGAGGAGGUGGCACGACCACCCGUCCCCUUCCUCGUCCUCCUUCCUGAGCCGUGAUGGACACUGGACUCUUCCACUUUUUGUGACGCCAGCCGGCGGGAGGGGGAGGGUCGUCCUCACCUCGCACCCGCACCGAAGACACCUGCCCUUACUUUGCUGCGGUUCUUUGGCCCAAAGCAAGGCUGCCCCAGUGGGAGUGCAAUUGCAUUUGGACUGUGCUGUGAAGGGCCUUGCCCCGGACCCCUCCUCCCCAAACAGGACUCGGCCCAGUGGGUGUGUUUAGUGGGACCAGCAUCUUCCCCCUUCCUCUAUUCCAUGUAUAUUUUCCCAAGCCCUGAUGCGCUAACAAGAACCCUCCCUUCUAUUUUUUUUAACAAAUAUAUUAGGAGUAGACAAGAAUGGAAUUUAACUUCAACGCCUUCCUCCUUGAUCCAUGGCAAGGAGAGGUGGAUUUUUAGGAUCACGAGGAGGCCUGGGCCUUUGGCCACCACACCCCAGCGGGCUGGAUUCUCCCUCAUUUUAGCAUAUUUAAGUCUUUUUUUUUUUUUUGCUUCUUCCCUAGCUCCCUGCCUUUGCCAGCCCGUGAGUUGGCCAGGCCCUUUGUGCUAAGCGUGGGAAUCUGCCCUCUCUUUCCCUCUGUAUAUAUUUCCUCGGGAAGGCAGGUUUUGUACCACAUUUGAGCCUUCCUGACCAAGUACAUCUCUAAGCUAAACUGCAGCGGCAGGGUGGCAGAUCAGAUCUUGCUCACCCUUGGCACAGAAACAAGCCCCAGGUCUUCCAGCACCAGCUGCCAGACUCCGCUCCUUCUCUUCCUCCUCCCCCCCAAACAGAUUUGCUCUCUGGGGCAAGAGCGAGGAGUCUGUGGACCUCGAACUAGUGAUGGCCCGUAACUUUCCGCCUGGCUAAUCACCAGAAGCUCUGGGCGUUUAGUCCAGCAGCAUUGGACAUGGUGAGAUUUUCCUCCUCCCUGCACAAGUACCUCCCCUUGCUCUUGAGCACUUCAGAUUCAGCAGUCCUCCUCUCAAGAAAGAAGUGGAGAAAGUGUUCCUGCUUCCCCAAACCUAAUUUUUACACUACUGGAGAAUAAUAGAAUUAUUCAGAUUUAAUCCCCUUCCCCUCCCCCCUCCCUUUUUUUUUUAAAGAGCCUAAGCUGGAGCCAUUUCAACUCCCUCUUGGCCUGGUUAUGGUGGCUGAGCUGUGACAUCCUUUCCCACUUUUGUUCUUACUGAGGGAGGCGAGGUUCUUCUCUUCUUCCCCUCCACCUGCACUGCAAGGGCCUUUAACGUCCCACUGUUGGUAUCUCCUCCCCCUCUGCAAACCCUGUUCCUUCUGCGAGACCGUGUCAGUGGAGGGGGGGGGGAUUUUUCCACUGCAUCUGGGUGGUGGGUGGGAUGAACUGUUCCUAAUCCGAAUUCUAGAGGAAAGUGGUCCCAGCUCUUUCUUGUGCUCCGAAAGCUAUUAAACAAAAGCUUUACUUUAAACAAAA